GGUCUAAACCCUUUAAGACAUUCCAUUGUAUCAGAAAAAGCACUGGAGUGUGUGGAUCAGAAGACUGAAGUUCUAAUUCCAUUCAUGGCAUAUAACUCUGUGAUCUUAGGCAAGUCACUGUGCCUGAAUGGAGCUCAAUUUUCUCUUCAAUAAUUAAAGUUCGGUUAAGAGUUCCUUUCAGUUUUUACAUGCAGUGAACUCUAAACUUUAUGAAUUCAUAUCAAACAGCAACUUUGAAGUUCAUUCUAAACUGACACAUCACAAUAUACAAUGGUCCUGACUUGUAGAAAUAACCAAAAGCCAGAACUCGUUAAAUAAAGCAUCUUACAUUUUUUGUGACACUUUUAAGUAACCAUCUUCGUUGUUCUUGCCUUAUAGUCCUCGGACUCUUGCUCAUUAGACGCCCUGGGGCAGUCAGAAUACCAGAAGGAUCUGGAAAAGAAAACCUUAAGGGGAAAUAACCAGCAGACAAACCUGGAAACUAGACUGCAGGGUCAAAGUUAGAGACAGCCUAGGGCUAUCAGUAGCCCCGGAGUACGGAGAAGAAACUAGAUUCACUUUUCUCUUUUAAGUGAUUGGCUAAUUACAACAGUGGAGGUUUUUGAUUGGCUGACUCUAAAAUAGAGUCGUUACUGACUGGAUCACGAUUACUAAACUCUGGGGACAAGCAGGUCCCAGAGGUUUUAUGCCUAGGUAUUUGGCCAGGGCUCUCCUUUUUCCUAAGAGGGCAUCGAUCUUCUUGAUUAUCCCUGAAUCUGCGACUGUGCUAAUCUUUUACAGGUUUCUGUCCCCUGGAUCUUCUUCCCUUCCAGCGAUGCCGAGGAUAGAUCUCACCAGGCGUCUCUCCGUGGGUCACAAUUCACUCCUACACCGGUUCCUGAGGUCCUCUGGAGGGGAACCUCGACCUCAGCUACCCCUUCGCCCCUGCUUGGUUCGGCAGCCCGAGCGCCAGCUCCCGAAGAAACGGGUGGUAUUCGCUGACACGAAGGGGCUGGCCCUGAUCACCAUCCACAACUUUUCAUGCGGUACUAUAACUCCUAAGGAGGAACUGCCGUUCCGGAACAGAAUUCUACAGCUGGCUCCAGCCUGUGUCCCGCCGGGGUCCAGCUAUGCCCUUGCUUUCUCUCAGCCCUUAGAUGACUACGGCCGUUUCUGCAGAUGCCUGCAGGCUCAGAAAGUGUGUCUGGAGCAGUGUGCAGUACAGGGGCGCUUCUUACAAGGUACAAUUGGAGUGCACAAUUUUGGAUAUGAGAAGGUUGUGCAAAUGCGCAUCACUUUCAAUGCCUGGACUUCUUACCUCGACGUGCCCUGUGUUUAUGUGCCUCAAAUUUUCAGAGGUGAAAUAGAUAUCUUCAGUUUCCAGGUGGCAUUGCCCCAGGGUCCUCCAGGCCCAGCUGGCACCAUCCAGUUCUGCUUCUCUUUUCAGUGUGUUCAGCAGAUUUAUUGGGACAAUAACCAGGGUUAUAACUACCACUUGCAGCCCUCUGACUCCCUACUUGUCUGUCAUGUUGAGUGAGUGUAGUUCUGAGUCUGCCAUUUGAGCCUCCACAAAUGGGCCACCUAUUUUCUUUGCAGCCCAUCUAAGAGUUUUUCCCCUGACUUGAAAAACCUGUACUCCUCCAGGGUUUGAAGGUUUUCCAGUUGUUUCAACCUUUUCUGCUGCUAGUUACAAUAAGAUCCAUAAACACCUGAACUAAGUUAUUAGGACAUAAAAUUCAAGUGCUUUUCAGUCUUCUCCCAGGAAAGUGGAAUCACCUUCUGCCUUUUGUAGGGGGGUAUGGUUAUUGUUUCAAGAGAAGAUGCUUUCUUUAGGAAGACACUGGGAGUACUACCCUUUUGCAGAAUUCUAGGGUUGCCUUUAAAGUGAGAUGGAAACUUUCACUGUUUUAAUUACCUACAUAACUCUAGUAGAGGCACUUAGGUUGCUCAGUGGAUGGAACAUUAGAUUUGGAGUCAGGAAGGCCUGUGUUCAAAUCCUGCCUUAGCCACUUACUAGCUAUGUGACUGGGCAAGCCAUGUAACCUCUGUUUGUCUUAAUCCACUGUAGAAGAAAAUGGUAAACUACUCCACUAUCUUUGCCAAGAAAACCCCAUAGAUGCUACUCUGGGUUAUAAUCUAUAGGGCCAAGAAAGUCAGAUGCCAGUGAACAACAAUGUACUCUGUUAAAAGGCACCUACAUGGAGAAGGGUGCUCUCUAGUGUUCAUAUUAGUGAUAUGGAAAGGCAAAGCAUGCUGAGUGUCCUCUAUUCAUUGUGCUAUUACAUUUAUGGUAAUUUGAGAUAUUCUUGCCUCUAAAUAUUCCUUAAUGGAAGUUUUUUUAAAAUUCAGCUGUUGUGAAAGGGUAAUUCAAAUCUGCCUCUUACCUUCAAUUUCUAUUUUAUUUUUAUUAAAAUCUUAUUUAAAAUGGGAUAAUAUUUAUUUUAAUGGUUUAUUCUAUAUUUUAACAUAAUUUAUCUAUAUCUGUAAUUCAUGGAAUAUUGUAAUAUUCUAGCAAAAUAUCUUGGGCUAUUUGAACUCUGGAAAAACCUUCCCAAGUUUAGCUGAUGAUGUAAGAACUUUAAUAAAAGUUAUUUUCUUA